AUGACAUUGUCCACAGUCGCCAAGGGCAAGAAACGCGCUCUCGAGGAGACCCAGGAACACGACGACCCGACGACUUCGAUACCAUCUGCACCGGUAUUGAAGAAGAACAAAUCACGCGCAGAGACGAGGCCAUGUCCUAUAUGCAAUGAGCCAAUUCCUUUACGACUACUGGGGAAACAUGCCGAACUAGAGGCUGAGCGCAUAGACGCGAUAAUACAACACAUAGGGUCGGAGGAGCCCUACUAUGACGAGCGAGACGAGCCCGGACCAAGCUCCCGGGGACGUCGCUCAGCACAGAAGGCUCGCAAAUCCAUCGCACCGCGUACUACUGGCAUGGACGAACUCGUUGAAACCAACAAGACAAUACAGGCUAUUAAACGACAUCGAAAACGACGACACGCAAAGCUCAAGGAGAUGCUGAAGGAAGAGGAGGAUAAUUUUACCCGCCAUGACACAUGGACAAGGGGAACCAUCGGGGGACAGAUUGUAUGUCCUGUUUGCUCGGAGACGGUUCGAGGGGAUCAAGGGGUGCUGGAGGCCCAUGUAGACGUUUGUGUUGCGAAUGAGAGCCAACGGCUGGAGGAAGCCCGGCAACAAGAGCUUGCAUUACAACGAGCAAAUAUGGAAGAGGAGUGGGAGAGCUUGAGCAACACCGGGAGUGGGUUGUAUGUCGGUGACCUUCCAGGUGCUGGUUUUCAUCGGCGGAAUCGAGAGAGCGAGGACGUUGACGAGGAGAUCGACAUUGACGGUGACGAUGAAGCUGUAUACGGGGAGCAGCAGUUCACUGAAGGGGACAUCUUACCCGUUACGGAGCGUCGACCGGGGGAUGACGGUGCUGACGGAGAUGUUGAUAUCGAGAACGACGAAGAAGUUGUCGUGGAUGAUUCUCCGGAGAGGCCUGUUAAUGGGAAGUCAGCGGCCGGACCAAACCCAGAUGGGGAAGCCUCCCGUUCCAUAUCGCAUGACGAUGGGAUUGAAGGACUGGGUCGAAUCCACGUUGCAAUCGAGACUGCUCGGAAGAAGGGGGACAAGAGAGCUCACAUAGCCGCGCUGGAAGCCAAAAUUAAAGUUCUCGUGAGUGCUCCCGUCACAGUCCAUUCCUUCCUAACGAAACCAAUUCAAUGUCCCAUAGGAAACCACGCAAGUGCCGUCGAGUUCCCCGACGUGUCGAAUAUGUCUCGACCCUUACAACGAACCCACUCUAUCCACGGGAUGUUGGCACACGUGUUGUCGGGAGUGUUGGCUGCGCUGCCUUGGUUCGAAUAUGCAAUGCCCAAUAUGCAAGCGUAUCACGGUAGCAGGAGACUUGCGCAGAAUAUACCUAUAACUGUAAAGUCUGAGCAAACGUUAGCAUUGGUCGAACGGAUUGUCAAGCGCAUGCAAAUCAACGAGCUCAUAUCUGGCCUUGUCACUUCUUCACGUCUAAGCUCGAUAUCGUAA